CUGCGCGUGCGACGGCCAUGACGACGCGCCCUGACGUCACGGCGCGACCGACCUGAAAAGCGCCGGGCGCAGGGGGGCGCGGCGUCCGGGGACCCAGUGGCGGCCGCAGUGCGCGGAGGACCGGGCGGGAGCAUGUACCGGCUGCUGCGCCCGGGCCUGGGCCGGGGCCGGGGCCUCCUGCGGGCCGCGGGGCGGCGGGGCCGGGGCUGCUCUGCGCUCGUGUUCCUGGUGCCCGCCGGCGGCCCGCGGCCCGCGGUGGAGGCGCCGCCUCCCGGAGUCGCCCCCCGCGGCCCGGGCCGGGGCCUGCUGCCGCUGCUGGCAGCCCUCGCCUGGUUCUCGAGUCCCCCUGCGGAGAAGGAGCCGCAGCCGCAGGGCGCGGGCGGGGCCGCCGAGCCGGACGCGGCGGACGAGGCGGAGGCCGAGAUCAUCCAGCUGCUGAAGCGAGCCAAGUUGAGCAUCAUGAAAGAUGAGCCUGAAGAGGCUGAGCGGAUUUUGCAUGACGCUCUCCGUCUUGCCUAUCAGAACGACAACAAGGCGGCCAUCACCUACACCUACGACUUGAUGGCCAACUUAGCAUUUAUACAAGGUCAGCUUGAAAAUGCAGAAAAGCUUUUUAAAGCAACGAUGAGUUACCUGCUUGGAGGGGGCAUGAAGCAGGAAGACAACGCAAUCAUUGAAAUCUCCCUGAAGCUGGCCAGCAUCUAUGCUGCUCAGAACAGACAGGAAUUUGCUCUUGCUGGCUAUGAAUUCUGCAUUUCAACUCUAGAGGAAAAAGUUGAAAGAGAAAAGGAAUUAGCAGAAGACGUUAUGUCAGUGGAAGAGAAGGCCAACACCCGCCUCCUCCUGGGCAUGUGCUUGGAUGCCUGUGCCCGCUACCUUCUGGUCUCCAAGCAGCCGGCACAGGCACAGAAGAUGUAUGAAAAAGCUUUACAGAUUUCUGCAGAAAUACAAGGAGAAAGACACCCCCAGACCAUCGUGCUCAUGAGUGACCUGGCCACAAGCCUGGAUGCCCAGGGCCUCCCAGAUGAGGCCUAUGCUUAUGUGCAGAGGGCAUCGGACCUGGCGAGACAGACACAACACCCCGAGCUGCACGUGGUGCUCAGCAACCUGGCUGCAAUUCUGAUGCACAGAGAACGAUAUGCACAAGCAAGAGAGAUCUUCCAGGAAGCACUGAGGCAAGCAAAGCUGAAAAGAGACGAGGUUUCUAUACAACAUAUCAGGGAAGAGUUGGCUGAGCUGUCAAAAAAAAAGUAGACCUUUGAUUUAAUUUUAUUACGCUCUGAAUGCGUUUUCUAAGAAGAGUAAUUUCCAGUAACCCAGAGGAACAGCUAUUAUGCCAUCUUCAGUGGCACCCAAAUCAAUGGCUUAAAGUCCUCUGUUCAUGAUAGUGAAGUUUCUUCAACUCAUCCUUGGUGGAGGACAAUUUGUAUAGACUCUACCAGUUUUCUUUUUAAGGAAAAACAACUUCCACCCUCUGACCCUCAGCUGCUUUUGGCCUGAUGAUGGAUGUGAAGCGAGGCUUUCUUUCAGUGGUUCCAUUGCUGCGUGCAGUCCCCGGGGUUCUAGCUGUUCCUGGAUUCAGAUGGGCCCAUCCUCGGGCAGCGCGGGGGUGCUCCAGCCCGGCCGCUCAGCACCGAGGUUUUGGCCCAUUGACUUGCCACCCUCCCUUCUCUUACUUUAUCAGUAUCUGGUGACCGGAGCUCCCUGUCUCCUGGCAAAGGGGGAUUAUGGUGAGUUUUUCUUAUAAUCUAGUUAUUUCAUUCAUGAAUCCCACUGGGAUUUUAAUGCAUAAAAGACGAAAAGUGGUCUCUUGAGUUUGCUUCCAGAAUGAAGUCUUAAAGUGAGAAUUAGGCCCUUGGAAGUAUAGUGUCACAUGAUUAUUUUAAAAAGUAAACUAUGUUUUUAUAUGUGUCUGGUUUUAAACUAUAAAAAAGGGCAGGAAAAGAUUGAUUUACUCUCUGCCUCUUGGGUGCCGUCUGAGCAGUUCAGCUUCCUUGGUGUCGAGGCCACGGAGCAGCGUCCCCUGGGAGCUCCUUAGAGACACACGUGCCCUUAAAGACCUCGGGGCAGCCCUGCAGGGGUCGUGUUGACAAGCUCGCAGCUCACUGCUGUGUCACCAGGUAGUGGGUGUGUGGGGGGGACACUGACUGGGAUUCUGGCCUUGGCCUUUUGGUUUUGGGUCUCAGUGUCCUCAUCUGUAAGGUGGAGGAUGCUUGAGGUUCGCUCUCAACCACGGAAGAAGUUGGUUUUGGUUGUACGAUUUUAACUGAGUAGACUGCUGUUGGAAUAGCUUUAGCACAGUGUCUCAAACAUAUGAACAUAAGACAUGCUGGCCUCAGCAGUCUUGCAAAUAGCCAUUUGCCUGGGGGAAAAGUAGUUUUUCCAGAGACGACUAAGGAGCGCUGCUGUGGCUGGUGCUACCUGUGGGCUGGGGGUGCUGGACGGAGAAACUGAUAUUUUGAGUUCUGCACAUAGUGGAAGAAUCCUUUCAUAAUAAACUAGAGACCGUAAACUACUGUAUGCAUUCAGUCAUCUGUGAGUUUCUAGUGAAAAUUAACUCAUUAAAAACUUAAUAAAGUACUAGAAACCCAAAGGUCCAAAUCCUUAGGCAUUAGACUAAAACUAGUACUUUGAAGAUGUAAAUUUCUUUCCACUUUCUAAACUCAUAGCUAUUAUUUACCUACCCACUAAUUCUAUUAAUCAGGUCUAACUCAGAAAGAUGCAUUUUAAUAUCAAUCAGGUUGAGUUUCAGUGUAACUUAGUCUUAAAUUAUUGGAGAUUUUUAAAAUUAACAUCAAUCACUUACCUGUAUUGAGAAUAAAUUUUUACUUUUUCACAGUG